AUGUCUUCUAAACAACAACCAAAGAAAAAGACUGGUUCUAAGAACCAAAAGAACAAAAUGGGUUCUCAAGAACAACCUCAGCCUAAAGUAGAAGAACCAGAACCUGUGAAUGAAACACAACAGGACGAAGACGACUCCGAUUCCGAUUCAGAUUCAGAUGACUCCGACUCCGAUUCCGAAGAAGAGUCAGACACGGAACCAGAACCAGAACCAGAACCAGAACCAGAGCUAGAGCCAGAACAAGAACCAGAACCACCUGCUGUUGAAAAGGGUAGCAAGAAGAAAAAGAAGAAGCAGGCCCAAGCGCAGAAAGCUCUUGCAAAACAAGAACGCAAAAAGCAGCAACAAAUGGCCAAGGUUGGUGAUGAUACGAAGGAAGAACCCCAAGAGCAACAGGUGCAGCCGCAGCAAGAACAGCAGCCACAGAAACAGCAACAGAAAGAUGACAGUGGUGCAUUACGAUUAAGACUUGACUUGAACUUGGAUGUUGAUAUAGAACUUCGUGCUAAGAUAAAGGGCGAUGUCACCUUGGCCUUGUUGAAUUAA